CUUCGUAUGGUGCCCGGAGCUCACUGGUGGCUGCCGCUUUAAAGUUCGAAAUGGGGCGGCUGAGCUAGUUCGAGAGGAUGAACCUCAAUCCUUCCAGUAUGCUGAUGCCUAUCAACUUCAGGUGUACUCAUACAGCCGGUGAAGUACGCUUUACCAGGUAUCGCAACGCGAGAUACCUCUUACAGUGCUCGUUGGCCCGGAAAUCCGUUAUAUCAAGAAGCUCCCAGCUCCAGCUUUCAAGUCCACUAGUAUGAAAGAACCAUGGGCACCUCGACUCGGCUGUUGCUGCUGCCGCGGCCCUCGCACACAAGCAAGAGAUCAAAAUGACAAAAUCGACAUCGAUGUAGAGCGUGCAGAGCAUCAAGCUGCUGAAACGGCUAGCCCAGCGACCGAUGCUGGGCUCGCCGAGCGAGCCAUUCAAGCAGCGCUGCGACUCAGCUUUCAUUCUGACAGGUCUGGGGAGAAACAGACCUCCGAUCUCCCGCCUCCGAGCUAUGAUACUGUCCUCAAAGACGAUGAAAGACGGACGCCCGCUGCACCAGUAGCUCAGAGAAAUCCGCCCGGAGAUGAGAUUGAGCCUGUGAGACAGAACGCCGAAAGGGAUUCCGAGCCUGGAGACCGCAAGGUUGGGAAUCACGAAAGUGUAUUGUCUUCUUCUGGAGAUUCUGAUGUAGUGCUUACGCCACCUACGACUGCGCCACCAACUGUUAUCGACGAGGACUCCGAAGACGACGAGCGUUUCCGUCCCGCUGGUAGAUCCGGUAGAUGAACAAAAGUGGAUUGACUUGCUGUUCCGAAGUGUGAAGUGUAGAUCAUGGAACACUUGGCGAAAGUCCCUAUGGUUUGAGACAUUCUCGUCACGGAGGACGAAACGCUAGGAACCAGGCCUAAACGUGUGAAGGAUGGGACUUGUCUCCUGACCACUGCAGCAUAUUUAUGAGCGAGGCAAUCAGUGCGAUAAUUUGGAAGCUCUAAAGGAUUUAAGUGACGCGGCUCCAAAGCAAGCAAUGAAUCGGCAGAGGACAAUGCAGCUAUACAGUCCCAAACUGAACUCUAGACUACAUACUAU